AUGACCCCCUCCCCACAGCUGGCCAUUUCCCUCCCCGACACAGGGACCUGGACCCGCUCUGCCCUGUCAGGUGCAGGCAUGGUGCCCCUGCUGCUGCUGCCCCUGCUGUGGGGGGGGUCCCUGCAGGAGCAUCUCGGCUAUGAGCUUCGAGUGCAGGAAUCCGUGAGGGUGCUGGAGGGUCUGACCGUGCACGUGCCCUGCUCCUUCUCCUACCCGUGGAAUUCGUGGUUCGCGUACACACUCUACACCUACUGGUACCGGAAUGGGCAUGACAGACCCUACGAGGAACCUGUGGCCACCAACUCGUAUAAGCAAGUGAGGAAAGAGACCCAGAACCGAUUCGUCCUCACAGACCCCAAGAGUAAUGACAACUGUUCCCUGAGGAUCCGAAACGCCAGGAAGAGUGACACGGGGACCUACGUCUUCCGAGUGGAACGAGGGGAUGUGAAAUAUACUUACCAAGAUAAGAAGCUAAAUUUGCAGGUGACAGACAAACCAGACAUCCUCGUUCCGGAGCCUCUGGAGUCCGGGCGCCCCGCACGGCUGAGCUGCAGCGUGCCAGGGGCCUGCGAGGGGGCACGCCGCCUCUCCUUCUCCUGGGCGGGGGCUGCUGUUGACUCCCUGGACCCCCAGUCCCUCCGCUCCUCGGUGCUCACCUUCACCCCGAGCCCGCGGGACCAUGGCGCCAACCUCACCUGUCAGGUGCAAUGCCAAGGAUUUUCAGUGACUAAGGAGAGAACCAUCCGGCUCAACGUCUCCUAUGCCCCACAGAACCUCACCAUAGACGUGUCCUUCAGAAAUGUCACAGCCCUCAAGAUUCUGCAAAACACCUCAUCCCGUCUCAUCCUGGAGGGCGAGGCUCAGCGGCUGCUCUGUGUGGCUGACAGCAACCCCCCUGCACAGCUGAGCUGGUUCCGGGGGUCCCCCAGCCUGAACUCGGGCCCCAUCUCCAGCACCCGGGUCUUGGAGCUGCCUCACAUGGGGACUGGGGGUGAAGGACAGUUCACCUGCCGAGCUCAGAACCGGCUGGGCUCCCGAACUCUCCCCCUCCGCCUCUUCGUGGUCUACCCCCCACGGCUGCUGGGACCCUUCUGCUCCUGGGAGGACCAGGGUCUGCGCUGCAGCUGCUCCUCCCGGGGCCAGCCGGCCCCCUCGCUGCGCUGGCGGCUGGGGGAGGGGCUGCUGGCGGGGAACCACAGCAACGCCUCCCACGCGGUCACCUCCCGCUCCGCGGGGCCCUGGGCCAACGGCUCCCUGAGCCUCCGCGCGGGGCUCGGCGCCGGCCUCCGGCUCAGCUGCGAGGCGGAGAACGUCCACGGGGCGCAGAGCGGCGGCGUCCUGCUGCUGCCAGAGAGGCCGGUGUGCGUGUCCCGAGUGGUUCCCGCGGCUCUUGGAGGGGCUGGUGCCAUGGCCCUACUGUCUCUAGGCUUGUGUCUCAUCUCCUUUUGCAUAGUGAAAGCCCGCAGGAAGGAAGCAGCGGGGAGACGCAAGGUCAUGAAUGAUGAAGACCCUGUCAUGGGUUCAGUCACCUGGGGUUGGCAGCACCAGGCCCAGCCAGACAGGCCCCCAGACCAAGCGUCACCCACCAGGGAUACUCCUCUACCUGGGGAGCAGCAGGAGCUCCACUACGCCAACCUCAACUUUCAUGGGACGAAGCCGUGGGAGCUCCAGGACCAAGAGGCCGACAGCACCUCUGAGUACUCAGAGAUCAAGAAGCCAAGCAAAUGAGGACUCACUUGGAGCUCGGUUGUGGCCAGAGGCAUCCCAGCCUCUCUGGGAAAAGAAGUCAGGGACCACUUGGGGAAACAUGAGGAGACCUGGUGCAACAUCAGCUUAACCACUGCAUGAGCUUCCACAGGCAGAGCAGGAAGAAGGAAAGUGGUGGGGUUGGAGGGAGACUUGGGCUCAAGUGCAGGCCUCAGCACUUGCUACGGCAUUGUCUCCAAGCGAUUCACUUUCUUUUUCUCUUCCUGUUUCCCAUUCUGUACGGCUGAGAUCAUGCAUCCUACUCAAGGGUGGCUGGGAGCAUUAAAGAAAUUAAC